AGGCGCCAUUUUACCCAGACGUCUUCCUUACGUUUCGUGCAAAGGAGAAGUUGCGUGAGUCAGCUAUUGUUUUACGGGGAUCAAAACUUUUUCUAGGCGCUUGAAUUCUGCCAAUUUUUCACGUUUUUUGCAUCGAGAUUAUAAAUAAUGUAUUAAGCUUCAAGUGUGCCUUUGGAGAGCUCAACUGUCUCUACCACCACCUGAAGUGGAGUGUGAAGGAGAACUCCUAUUCGUAUGAAAAUGAUGACCAGGAAAAGAGGGAGGCCUUCCAACACCUCAUCUGCCCAGAGUGCUGAGACCAAGCCAGGUGUCACUUUUAUGGGGAAGGAAGCAGCCAUCCCCCCAGGCGUGGACAGAGACAUUGUACGUGAGCUCAGCAGUUCCUCCAAUGAGGACCUUGAGCUAUUCUCCCUAGAUGAUUUCAGCUGGGUGCUUGAUAAAGAUGGCCUCGCUCCUCUUGGAGACCUUGAUGCCUUUGGUGAUCUGAAAGACGACAUCUCUGUGGAUCAAGAUUACGACAUGAGUCCUCCUCAUACUUUCCAGGAAGCAUCAACAAAUCGACCAGCAAGGGAUUUCUCGAGCCGCGGUGUAAACAAGAAUGCCAUUGCUGCCCGAAUGAAUCGCCUUAAGAAAAAAGAAUACGUCUGUGGCCUGGAGAAGAAAGUUGGCUCGCUGACGACAGAAAACCAAAUCCUCAAGCAAGAGAACGGACACUUGAACAAACGAGUGGAGGAGCUGGAGAAUGAAACUAGGUAUCUGAGAGCAGUUUUGGCCAACGACAGCAUGUUGGGGCAACUGUUAUCUAGAUUGAGCGGUGUGAACGGCAUGAAAUUUUCUACUUCACUUUUCCAGGGCUCGGAGAAAAACGACCACGAUUACGCCAUACCCAAAAAGAGGGUAAAGGUGGACGAGGCCGACACGUCUUCUGGAGGCGUCUGUUUGCAUGUGGACAAGGACCAUGUCUCUGUGGAAUUCUGCACUAAAUGUGCGGAGAGUGCAAGCGCAACGAUCAAAAUUUUUCUCCUAGAUGCUUGCCCGCUAUCCAGGAUGGGGGAUGCCUUGAUGCCGUGGUCGCAGUCGUCAUGCGAGAGGAUGGCCUGAAACGAUUGGAUACGCUGUGAGAAGCUGAAGAGAACGGGACCAGCCGCAGCCAUCUUGCCCUGAUAAAUGUUAAAGGUAGUAUGUGAUCAGGUGUAAGUUGCCUCUUGUUUUUUUUCAUAUGUGUUUGUGUGUGCUUGAUCAAAGAUCACAACAGGCUGCUUGAUGGCCUAGUGGACAUGCUGACGUAAUGUGCAGCCUUACAUUGAACUAUUCUAUUGUUCAUUGAGAAUCUGAGCAGAGAAUGUAAAUCAGAUUGUAAAUUUCAAAUGUGGACUGGUUUUGUUAUACAUCAACCAUCCACCAGAUGGUUACAGAAAGGCCAUUGGCUUUUUGAGACUGUUAUUUUGUGUGAGAAAUGUAUAUAUGUGUUUGUGGGAACAAAGGAAAGAUUGUUUGAGGAAUGAUUGAAAAAUAAAUUACAUUUUCAUUUUUCCUGCCA